ACUCCACACCCCGCAUCCGCCCUCCACGACCUUUCCCGCUUCAGAACUGCCCUCGCUAGCUGGCGCGACCGCCUUGAGAGCUUUGCGCGUAGACUGCUGGAGCGUGGAUUGAAGAGGAUAGCUUUGCAGGCGCGAUCGCAAGAAGAUAUUAGUCGCAUAAUACGAAGGCGCCCGCGCCCGUACUUUCUCCAUCACCGUGCAAUCGUGCCAACAAUCUCGUCUCUAUAACCCAACCACGCACCCCUUCCGUGCGCCUGCGCAGUCAUGUUCUUCCUCAAGGAGCUUGAGAAGACCAUCCAGCUGCACCCUUCAUACUUCGGUCCGCUCAUCCGCUCGCACAUCCACAAGGAGCUACUGCAGAAGGAGGAGGGUUCGAGCACGGGAAAAUACACCAUUGUGUGCAUAUUGGACUCGUUCGACAUUACAGAUGGCCAGGUGAUGCCGGGGUCAGGCUCUGCCGAGUACACGGUCCACUACAAGGCCAUCGUAUGGCGGCCGUACAAGGGAGAAGUGAUGGAUGGCAUUGUCACCUCGAUUCUUCCUUCUGGCUUCUUCGUGGACUGCGGUUCUUUACAAGCUUUCGUCGCGCGCAACAUGAUCCCUUCUGAUAUCAAAUUCGAGGGAAACGCAGCACCGCCGCAAUGGACCGACGGCGCAGACCAGGUCAUUGAGAAGGGCACAAAUAUUCGCAUCAAGAUCAAGGGUAUUCGAUCUGAGGUUGACAAGAUGUUUGCAGUUGGCACCAUGAAAGAGGACUAUCUUGGUCCUCUGUCGCAGUAGUCUGCAACAGGAUUAUUCUACUUGGCGAGCAUUUUAGGACACGACGGUGCAAGAAGCUGAUGCGACAUAUUCAGCUGAAGAAACAUCUUCCUGUCGUGAGGCUGAACUUGUGCGAUCAGCUUGCUGGCAGCACAGCCCAUGCGCUCUUGACACACAACUACAGACUGUUUCACAUCUAUCACCAGACUCUUCGAUAGAAUUUGCGAAACCGAGAUUGGAGGUACUUGGAUAAUUUCUCGUUCUCGGUAUGCAUGCAACAAAUCGCCGUUAUUGAGGCGUAUUCCAGACUGCAAACGGUGUAGUGCAGACGUUCCUCGGCAUUUCCAGAUGUUCCAAUAGAGUUCCCAAAAAAGGGUCUGAAUAGAAAUUCGUUCAUCGCGUUCUUUGUCUUACGCAAUGUUUUGGAAGUGUUGAAAUGUGUCAAAGGG